AUGUCGGAAAAUCCUGACAGUCAGUUUGAAAGGAAAGCUCGUGUAUUACUUGAUUCAGGGUCUCAAAGAACCUACAUUACUGAAAGCUUGGCAAGUGCACUUAAUCUCAAAAAAGCUGAAACGCAAGAAAUUCGUUUGGUAACGUUUGGCAGUAAUAAAAAUAAAGUAAUUAAAACAGAAAGCUCAAAUUUGAAGUUAAAGCUGACUGAUGGAAGUGAUAUGAUGAUUACUGCAAACGUUGUUUCAAAUAUAACCGGAAACAUUGAAAGGAAACCUGCUAACAUCUAUGAAAGGGAUGAUUUCAAAAAUUUGACUCGCAAUCUGAGAUUAGCAGAUACUGUACCAUGUGAAACUAAAUCAGGUCCGAUCGACAUAUUGAUUGGGAAUGAUUUCUAUUUGGACAUUAUUCAAACUGACAGAGUAGAAGUUCAACCAGGACUUUAUUUGCUGUCAUCUAAACUUGGAUGGUUACUCUCAGGAAGAACAAACGAAGUUGACGAUAGUGUUGAAGAUAUCAGUAUGCUCAUUCUCACGCAUGGAAAAAUGGUUACAGAAUCGAAUUUGUUCACGGAUGUUGAUAUGUCUCUUCCUACAGAACCAGACUUUGAGGACUUCUGGAAUGUCGAAACGAUCGGCUUAACAAAUCCAAUAGACCAGUCAGAUGAUCAAACAGCAAUGAAAAACUUCAAGAACACAUUUAAACGUUCAGAUGGCAGAUAUCAGGUAACUUGGCCAUGGCGUGACGAAUACCAAGAAUUGCCUGAAUACCGUGACUUGGCAUUAGGAAGAUUAAAAUCUUUAGCAAACAAAAUACAAAGAAAUCCAGAGCUUAUGAAAAGGGGACCGGUAUUACUCAAUGACCUGUGUGGAAUAAUGUUGCGGUUUAGACUUUAUAAGAUCGGAAUAGUUGCAGAUAUUGAAAAGGCAUUUCACCAAGUUGGACUGCAACCAUCGGACAGGGAUGUGACACGAUUUUUGUGGUUUAAAGAUUUGAGUGAACCAAUGAUGGAUCAAAACAACAUUCAGGAAUACAGAAUUUGUAGAGUCCCAUUCGGUGUUGUAUCCAGUCCAUUCUUACUGAGUGCUACUAUCGAGCAUCAUUUGGAUACGUACGAGACAGAAGUGGCUGAAAAGCUCAAAAGUGAUAUCUACAUGGACAAUUUGGUUACAGGAACUGAUUCUGUUGGUGAUGCAAAAGAUCUGUAUCGUGAUUCAAAAGAUAUGUUUAAUGAAGCACAAAUGAACCUUCAAGAGUGGAAUACAAAUAGUGUCGAAUUGAAAAGUGUGAUUGAAAGCAAAGAUUUAGCUGACGAACAAGUGACAAAAGUUUUAGGUCAUACGUGA